CAUUCUCAUUUGUGCAUUUUGUGUUAAGAAUUUAAAAGAAAACUUUUAAAAAAAUUUUUUUUAAAAAAAUAAUUUGUCAAAAUCAAUCUUGAAACACAAUGGCUUUAGAAGCAUAUCUUGGAUUACAUCCAAACGAACAAUUUAAUUUGGAUCGAAAACAUUGUGAAUUACCCGAUUAUGAAAAAGUUAUCGAAGAUGAUCAUCAUCAAAUUUGCCUAUCAAUACCCAGAGAUCAAAUGAAUUUGUAUUCGGAUCCAGCCAGAAAAAUUGCCAUGAAAUUCAAUAAAGGUACAACAACAUUAUCAUUUGUUUACAAAGGUGGUGUAGUUGUUUGUGCUGAUUCCCGUGCUACCGGUGGUCAAUAUAUCAGUACACAGGAAUGUAAAAAAAUUAUCAUUAUUAAUAAUUUUCUUUUGGGAACAAUGGCCGGUGGUGCGGCUGAUUGUAUGUAUUGGCAACGUGUUCUGUCAAAAGAAUGUCGUUUGUUUGAAUUGAGAAAUAAACAACGUAUUUCGGUUGCUGCUGCAUCGAAAAUUUUGGCCAAUAUUUUGUAUAGCUAUAAAGGUAUGGGUCUUUCAUUAGGUGUAAUGAUUUGUGGCUGGGAUAAAGUUCGUGGACCACAAAUUUUCUAUGUUGAUAAUGAAGGAAAUCGUCAACCGGGGAAAUUAUUUAGUGUUGGUUCUGGUUCAACUUAUGCAUAUGGUGUUUUGGAUUCAUAUUAUAAACAUGAUAUGACUGAUGAUGAAGCUUAUGAUCUUGGACGUCGUGCUAUAUUUCAUGCUCAACAUCGUGAUGCAGCAUCUGGUGGUAUUGUUCGUGUAUUUACUAUUAAAGAAAGUGGUUGGAAACGUAUUAGUGAACAAGAUAUGAUGCAACUUUAUGAUGAACCAUAUCAUCAAGAAAGACCUGGUGUUGAUGAAAAAUAAUUUUUGUAAUCUUUGAAUUUUGGAAAAUUUGUAAUGAGAAUUUUGAAUAAAUUUUCAAAUUAAAAGUUUU